AUGGACUUUGAUUAUGAGAACGCCAAGUUCUCAAUGCCAGAGAAAAGAAUAUUCGAUAGUCAGGGUACCCUUGACUUCCAGAAUUCAGUCGCAAUGGUUAGAAUACAAUAUCACUUGCAGAAGUAUAUUACGCUUUGUAAGGGCCAGCAGAUACCAGAUACAAUCAAAGAAAGUUUUUUCACUAAUAUCGUAGUGGAACUACUCAAAAGGCUGUCUGCCUUGAUAGACGAGACACCUCCUGAGAGAAUGCAUAGUAGAUAUGGAAACCUUUCAUACAGAGAUUGGCAAACGAAGUUUCAAAACCAAUUGGAGAAUUGGUUGCAUGAGUUAUUGCCCGAAAAGUACAACAACAGCAUCAUAGAACUUUCAUAUUACAUAUCUAAUGCAUUUGGAUCGAAGGAAAGAAUUGACUAUGGAACUGGUCAUGAAUUGUCCUUUUUAGCUGUGAUAAUUUGUUUGGAUAUGCUAAAAAUUGAAACAAUAAAGGGGCCGGCGCUACUUUAUUGUUUCAAUUCAUAUUACGACGUGAUUCAGAAACUAAUCUUAACCUAUAAAUUGGAACCUGCUGGGUCUCAUGGCGUUUGGGGGCUAGAUGAUCAUUUUCAUUUCUCAUACAUUUUAGGAGCCACUCAAUUGUUAGAUGUGAAUACUUCUUUAAUACCAAAGGAUAUUUCUAAUACUAGAUUGAUGGAACAAAACAGCUCUAGCAAUCUAUUUUGCAAAUCAAUACGAUUCAUUAAUGUCGUAAAAUCGGGCCCAUUUUCCAAUCAUUCUCCUCUACUCUACAACAUAUCAAGGAGUGUUCAUACAUGGCACAAGAUGCAACAGGGUUUGAUUAAAAUGUACAAGGUAGAAGUUUUAAAUAAGUUUCCAGUCGUGCAGCACUUUUGGUUCGGAACCGCAUUUUUCCCAUGGACGAGUUAUGGUAACAAUCACUCUUUGCCAAUAUAUCAGCCUGCAGAAAAUAACGACGAUGCUGAUUUUUUGACUGCAAACAAUGCUACUACGAAAAUGCCUCCACCUUUGAGUACAAGCACAUCUAGGUUUAUACACAGACGUUAA